AUGCAUCCAGAGAGUAGCCAACGGGCUAUCCGAGAACAAGGUUGCUCGGGAGAUACGGGAGAUACCAAGCCAACUUUGAAACGAAAUCAACGGAGGAGAUAUGCCUCCAAGGCAUGCGGACAAUGCCAAAGGCGAAAAAUUAGACAGUGCGAUGGCAAUACUCCAUGUCGAGCCUGCAUCGCCAAAGCCCGUGAUUGCCAGCGACAUGGAACAGAUAUGCGAGGCCGUUGGCGAUCAAAGGACAAAGUCCUGACUGGACCAGCACACAUCCUGGCACCUAGGUUGAAUCGGGUCGAGCGAGGUCUGAAGCUGAGGAGCCCGGUCCCGCGUACAGCUCAAGUUCCGAGGGACUCAAAUGAGAGCCUAUUCGCACGGGGAAAUCUCUCUCUGCAAGUACCAACAUUUUCCGGGGAAACAUCUAUUGCACACAACCUCACAGUUGUCGAGGGCCGACUGGAGCAAAUGGGUGUUCAUUAUGGACACCGACCAGCUUCUCCGGACCACUCAUUUCGAUCGUGCCUAACACCGUCUCCGGAACCCCCUACUAACCAUUCACCGGAUCGACAUGCAGACUUCAUCCCCAGAGUUCUUCAGGCUCAUGGCAUAAUACCCGAUAGGAAAAAAUGGGAGGGUCUAAUGCACACAUUUUGCGACGAGGUGCACAUUCUUGUCCCGUUCUUACACCCGCCAAGCUUAUGGAAUCUUCAUGAAGAGAUAUGGGAGAGCUCAUUUGGUGACCAAUCCGGGGACUACGACCGAAGUAUGACUCGACGCAUGCAAGCGGCGCAUGUUUUGUUAUGCGUUGCCAACGGUAGAUGUGUGGAGACCUCUCGUGCUGAAGGGGGCAGUGGACCGUAUUCUGCAGGUUGGAGCCUAUACAGUGCUGCUCGGGGCAUCUUCGGAGACCUCCUGGAGGGAUUUCGUCAAUGCAAGAAUCAUGUAUUCGUGCUUCAGACUGUUCUCUUAAUAGUUAUCUAUCUUUUCCGCCUUGACGCUCAUGGAUCCGCUGAAAAAGUCCUGGCCCUCUCAAUAUCACAUGCGCAUCAUCUUGGUCUACAAAGAGAACGAGUUGUCAAGAAAAUGCCUACUUUCCAAGGAGAGAUGUCUCGUCGCUUAUGGUGGUGCAUAUAUCUAUUGGAUAGGCGACUAGCUAUAGAGACUGGCCGUCCUUUUCUGAUUCAAGAUGUGAAUAUUGACGUGGGCCUUCCACACAAUGUGAGUGACGAAUGGCUCACCAGAUGCCAAAUAGUUAAAGAUUCCAGUAUUGCAGAGGGAACUGUGGAGUCAGGUCCUACCAAGAUUCCAUAUCUAGUCGCCAUGGCCAGCUAUUCACGGGUGAUUGGAAAAGUUUGGGAGGCUUUAUAUGGCGCUGCAACCUCUGAGUCAACUUCAAGCCCGCUUCUCAACGAAUAUCUAGAGCAUCUCAUUACCCAGUCUCAAACAGGCAUUCGGCCAGAGUUCUCCUACAACCCUCACCGUCCAUCCAACCACGGGCUAGAUGGAAUGUCCUGGUGGCAAAUAAAACAACACCUCAUGAUGCGAAUAAGAUGGUCCUCCCUCUAUCUUUUGAUUCGAAAGCCAAUGCUUCAAAUGCCGCGAUCUCAUCAAAGGCCUGCUCCCGAAACUAUAGAAAAUGAAGUUGUUUGCAUGCGACUAGCUCGCAGCAUCAUAGAUGACUUUGGUAAUGUGCCAGAGGAGCACCCCAAGUACACUUUUCCAUUUCUUCAUUACCUGUCCAGCGCCACAAUCAUCGCGCUCGGUCUCAUUAUCAAACAGCCCUCGUUCAAAAGCACAUACGCCACUUUGACCCUUGAGGCCGCACGAUCACUUAGGGAACAUUGUGCCAAAACAUGGGUGUCCGGGAAGAUGGCCCAGACUGUUUGGAAGCUGAACCAGAUGGCCGUUGCAGCGCUAAGUUCUGACGAGCCAUCACCGGCGGCGAUUGAAGGCUCUACUGGAAACCAUUCUGCUACUCACGUUACACAUGGGCCUCGACCUGCUUUGAAGGCUGCUCAACACCAACAUAAUGUUGUAUUCGAAGACCCGCCCAUUGAUGCGCAAAGGCUCAUUUCAGACAUGACAUUCACGGGAGAGGCUGGAUUCGAGCAGGAUCUAUCAAUUCAAGAUGAAAUGGUAGAUGGUGGAAUAGAGUGGCUACAGACACUAUUCGCAGAUGGGCUUGACACGCAACCUCUUUCAGUUUGGGAUUGA